GGCCAUGGAAAUCCCCCACGCCACGCACCACCACCAACUCUCUCCCGCGGCGCCGCUCCACCAAUGGCCGCCGCCGCCGCCGCUGCCGCGGCCACGAGGAAGGACGGCGCCGACGCCCACCACCCGCCCCAUCGCCUCCGGUCGCCCUCCAGGGUGGCGGCCGACUUCGCCAUGGGCGGCGCGGCGGCGGUGGUGGCCAAGACGGGGGCGGCGCCGGUGGAGCGCGUCAAGCUGCUGCUGCAGAACCAGGCCGAGAUGCUGCGCCGGGGCGCCCUCACGCGGCCCUACCGGGGCAUCGCCGACGCCUUCGCCCGCGUGCUCCGCGAGGAGGGCGCCGCCGCGCUCUGGCGUGGGAACCAGGCCAACGUCAUCCGAUACUUCCCCACCCAGGCCUGCAACUUUGCAUUCAAAGGCUACUUCAAGAGCUUCUUUGGCUAUGACAAGGAGAAAGACGGUAAAUGGAAAUGGCUAGCUGGAAAUGUAGCAUGCGGCAGUGCUGCAGGAGCUACAACAUCAUCCCUGCUGUACCAUCUGGAUUAUGCACGGACACGGCUAGCCACUGACGCGAUUGAAUCUCAAGCGAACAAACGUCAGUUCAGGGGGUUGCUAGAUGUCUACAAGAAGACACUUGCAACUGAUGGUAUUCGUGGAUUGUACCGAGGCUUCAGUGUGUCUAUUGUGGGUAUUACGCUAUAUCGGGGCCUUUAUUUUGGCAUCUACGACACCAUGAAGCCUAUUGUACUAGUAGGGCCGUUGGAGGGAAAUUUUCUGGCCAGUUUUGCCUUGGGAUGGACAAUAACUACAUUCUCUGGGGCCUGUGCCUAUCCAUUUGAUACACUCCGACGAAGAAUGAUGUUAACUUCAGGGCAGCCAUUCAAAUAUAGGAGCGCCUUCCAUGCCGUAAAACAGAUUGUUUCCACCGAAGGGUUCUUCACUCUAUUCAGAGGGGUCGGUGCAAAUAUCCUCUCGGGAAUGGCAGGAGCUGGAGUUCUUGCUGGGUAUGACCAGCUCCAACGGUUUGCAGGCCGGCAUGAUUACAAAAUUGAGAACAGGAUGAAAGGGGCAUUGAAAUGAUGCGCAUGUGAUGGAUCUGCAUGUGCCCGGGAAGAUCCUUGGGUUUUCAGGUUGCGCGCUGGCCAGAUGGGAUGUGCUGUGUGAGCUACACUUACCGAGCUCACAGAGCAGACUUGAAAUGCGUGCAAGAGUUAAUGGGAAUGAAUUGAUCAACACAAUAACAUUUCCUGGAGGUGAAUCUUCCCAGGACAGGAGAUGGCAUCAUGCUGCAAUGGAUGAUUCGUUUCUAUACGAAGUUUUGAAUACCAUAAUGACUAGACCUUAUUCUUGAAGUGUAAAUUAAUAUGGUCUCGAAAGCUGAUGUCCCCAUGUACACUAUUAAUGUAAACUGUAAAUAGUACAGUAAAGAAUAAAGAGUUUAGGGCCUCUUUGGUUCAAAGCAAUUUCGUACCUUGUAUUAGGUUUGGUCCAUUUAUCCAUAUCUGGAACAUUAGUUUGCUGCCACACCUUUGCUGCAUUAGCUGUAAUUGCUAAGACUGACAUAAGCCAUUGUUGUCGUUGUUGUGGUUUUUUAGGGUACAUUGUGGUAUUUUUUGAUUGAUCAGGCGUCAAGACUCUCCUCUUCCGGCCUUGUUGAUCGCUUAGAAGGCCCAACUAAUGAUGAUUUGCAGGCUUCCCUGAGACUGGAAUAAUCUGAGAAGUCCUCUAGCUGCUAUGACCUGAUGGUUGUCCGUACAGGCAGUGGCCAAGUGGAGCUAGCAGGAUGCCACCAUGAGGCAAAGUGGCAAACAUAAUAGACUGGGUGAGUUGGGAUGAGUUGCUUCAAAGACCUUGAUAGAUUCAGCGUCAUGAUGGUAGCACCACAAGCUUGUAGAAUCGCUUUGUUGCCCUUGAGUUCUCAUGGACAGUUACUGCUGGAAUUCUAGUGUUCAGCAAGCUGAAGCAAAGUAAGGAAUUUCAUUGCCUGAAGAAGCAUCCUGCAUGGAAUCUGGUAGAUGCGCAACCACCGAAAGGCUCCCAACGCAAUGGUGGAUCAGAUGGGGCUAACAAUGGUGCCAUCGGCAUACGAUGCGUACAGGGGAAAACGAGCAAGGAUUUGAUAAACAAAGAGAAGUGGAUUCGGGUGGAGAGAUGAGACUUGGAACACUGGAGGCCGGAGGGGGUCGAAGCAGAUGGUGCAGUCGAGAACAUCCGGGUCGAUGAUGCCGGUGAUGCCCGCCGCCGCCAUCCCGCUCAUCUGCUCCGGCAGCUGCUGUGCCCGCUGAUGGUGAUCCCCUUUCCUCCUCAUCUUGCAGCAGCUGCUGCAGCUCUCCUCCAUUGACGGCACGACUGUUAGGCCCGUGGAUUGAUCCAUACUCGUUCAAAAGUCACGCACUGCAGUGAGUGCAGGGUCUACUAGCCGUUGUGUUUAUUGACGUGAUGCGACGACGCAGCGUGGUGCUAGGCUACUAGCCUGUAGCUAACUAGCCGUUUUUCGUUUUUCAAAUCCGUCUUCGACCCUGGAAUUAUGGUGGAUACAGCUUUUUUCUUGCCAUUUCGGUUUUGGGUUUCUGAAACUUUCUUUUUCUCUCUGUAGAACGGCAUAUGUUUAUGCAGGUACUGACUAAAAAA